AUGAGUCGACUAACGCCAGGAGUUCGCGGCCGCUAUAGCCGCCACGGCACUGCUACGUCAGGAUCUACAUCAGAGAUAGAGACAUUAGUACUGCGUGCAACGCCGUCCAUUAAACGCUACAAUAUCGCGCGCUUUGAUGUGCCUGAACUACCGCGCUUUAGUUCGUGUGCGCAGCCCGUUAUGAUGUACCGCGAGCCAGAGCGAGUAGACGAAGAGGAAGAAAAGGAGGAAGAACCCGUGGGUUAUAACCCGGCACUACGAAAACGCCGUCGUCGUCGACGUAAAGAUACGCGCACAGCCGGUUGGGUGAUUGAAGAUAGCGAAGGGAAGAAUAAAUUCAACGGCACGUUUGAGGGAGGUCAGUCGUCGACGUACAUGCUAUUGGUAAAGAACCGACACAAUGACGAGUUUAGUGUGAUGCCUGUGGAGCAGUGGUUUCGCUUUAAAAAGCCUUUGAAUUACCGUACGCUGACGCUAGAGGAGGCCGAGGAGAUGAACAAUGAGAAGAAACGUGCAGUUGAACGCUGGCUUAUGAAACACAAGCUGGCAGGUGACGACAAGUCCGAUGCCACCGGAGAGACGGUUAGUGUACCGCGUGUACGCACGGGUGCGUUGGCUACAUCUUCUAUAUCGUCUGCUUCCAAGGCGAAGACAGAAGUUGACGACAUCUUUGGCGCCUCGGAGAUGGCACGUCCUCGGCAUGCACCGCGUCCAAAAGCUCGCGGAGAAGGAGCUACGGGAGAAGAUGGAGGAGACUUUGAAGAAAAGUUUGAUGAUGACGAAAGUGACGCGGAGAUUCAUCAUGAUGAACCGCAAGGACUCGAGUCCGACUCGGACGAAGACGAGUUUGAAGUGGAUCCGGAAGGCACUGGUAAACUGACCGAGACGGGCCAAGCUAUGAAAGACUUACUGAAACGUGCGCAGAACGGAGAGAUGUUGGAAAACAAUAAGGAAAAUGAAGAUGAGGACGAAGAAGAAGACGAUGACAAUUUUACGGCCAAUGACAUGGAUGUCAUUAAGCGUGACCUAGGAGGCAAUAUUAUUCGCGAUCGUUCCAUCGCGCCGGGAGAUGGUGCUGCCGUGGGUGAUGUUAAGGCUGGAGCAACUACUGCAGCUGCUGGUUUUGUCCUGGACUCGAACGGCAAGACGAAGGGCGCAGCGACCGCCGGAGUGGAUGGUGGCAAUGGCAAGAGGAAGUCGGACGACAGUCGCAUGAAGGAGGAGACACCUCAGAAAUUGGCGAAGACAUCGGCAGCUGCAUCCGCAAACAAGCUUACGGAAGCUGGUGUACAGCAGGAGCUUAUUCGUUACGGCGGACGCAUGCGCACGCGUGACCUGCUGCGGAAGCUGAAGAAGCUGAUUGUUACGGACAAUGACAAGGCACUUCUUAAGGACAUUCUGCGCACCAUUUGUGACGUGGAAGUGGAUGCAAUUGACGGUCGAUUGCUUGUGUUGAAGUCUCAGUUUCGCUAA